AUGUGGCUGUGCCUAUGCUGUCCACCGUUCGUUGAGAGGACCGUAGCUCUCGAGCAUCGCAAGGUGAGAGUCUGGAUAUCUGCUGUGCUUCUUUUUGUGCCCAUUUCACCGGUGCAAAGCGCCGAUCUGAUAGAACAGGGAUCUCGAAAGACACGAUCCCGACUAAGCACCCGGAGCGUGGUACUGAACGAAGAAGCUGCUGCUGCCCUUUACGCUGUUGGUGCGAGCACCGAAGCAGAUAGCUAUCAAGGCUUGGUCGGACGGCCUGGUAUUGAUUUCCCAGUACUUACGCAGAUUCCUCGUACAAUUUUCGACUGCAAAAACCACGGAAAUGGUUAUUUCGCCGACCUAGAAACACGCUGCCAGGUGUUUCACAUAUGUGACGAAGGCAAGAAGAUCUCGUUCCUCUGCCCGAACGGUACGAUUUUUCGCCAGCUCGAUCUCAUCUGCGACUGGUGGUUUAAAGUGGACUGCGCUGCAACGCCAAACCACUAUGCCGAGAGUACUGAAAUGUUGACGCAGGCUAAGCGGGCCCGACUGCAGAGCAAACACCCAGUUCCGCAACCGAUUAAUCCCAACGACGAGCGACUGACGACCACUAUCCAGGAUAAGCGGCUGUUGCUAGAGCAAGUUCCGAAUGGACACCGCCAGAAGCCGGCUUUUCCGCUGGAACCGAUUGGAAAUGUUCUGGAGUUUAACCGGCGCAUGGACUUGAUCAGCUCGGCCGAGUUUUCAGAUGGAGCCGGUGAACGAAGCGAUGUUGGAAGACGCAAUCGUGUCGAUCGCAAGGGCUCUAGGAAAAUAUCAUUCACUAGCGCAGAUGAGAUACAGGACACCGCGCAGAGUGCUUCGUUUGCUUCGGUGGCACAGAAAAUGUUCAACUCAUACUACGCGCACGACAAACCAUCCAAGGACGCGGCGGCCGGUAAGCUGCGUUCCGAGAACCAGGUAGAAGAUGGUAGUGCGCUGCAUGAUCGCUCGACAUUGCCCGAUCCGAGAGAUGCGUCCGCGAAAGGUUACAGUAACAAUCACGCAGUGAACUAUAUACCUUACACAACGGCGCGGAAACUUAAUUUGAGUGGCAAAGUGACGCAAUUCUACACACCGACGGUGCCCACGUUCACCACAAGCGCCAAAACGACGGUGGUGGAAUCGACCACGGCCACUGCAAAGGCCACCCUCGGGAGUGGGGAUGGCGAUCAAGAAUCGCACAUUCACACCGGUCAGCCUGUGCCGGUACGACGUGAUGGUACCAUCGAUGAGUCCGUAAUGGAUCACGCAAUUGAAAUUAUGCAAACGAUCAAGAGCCUUAAAAUAGAUGAUCGGAGCAAUAGCGAGAAUGAUGCUGACGGUUCCAGCGAUGCCCUGGGUGUUCGCGUUGCGGCCAGUCCUCGUGCCGAUUAUCAAAUCAGUCCAUCGUCCUCACCGGCAUCGCAGUCCACAUCCAUACCGAUGACCGACUCAAUCGAAUUCGUGCUACAGUCGGCAGGAAGUGAACCGAACGCAGAUCGCUUCCGUCGAAUGCGUCUGGGUGAACGCAAAGCGGACGUUCCAACUGGCCACCGAUCGCUGCUAACGCGUACCACGCUGAACGAGUAUGAUCGAUUGUUUCGUUCGAAGGAUGCGGACGACGGAAACCGUCUCGAUAAUGGAAACCAAAACAAUCUGACCGAUAGCGACGCGUACUACAUGGAUUCGAUGCUAGAGCACGACCUGGAGGGUCAGUCUUCCCGGUAUCCGGUGUUUGGCAUGUCUAACUCCACACAGAUACGAGAGCUUGCACAGAUUUUUACCCAUGCGCUCUCAGCCUACCUGCAGGAUCCUGUUACCUUCCGUCGCAUACUAACAGAAAUUCGACCGAAAGCUCCGGCCUCAGAUAGUACGAGCUAUCUGCCAACGAAAUCGAACGAGCUAGAAGGACUGGAUCGCAUUCGAGUCGGUAAGUACACUACGGAUGAAACAGUUACUUUCCGUCCUCCGGCCGAGCAAGCCUACUACGCUCCUUUGAAGGUUGCGGAGAAUAACAAUGGUGAGGUGCUUGACUUUUCCGAUGUCACAACCACUACAACGGCUCAGAAUCCCACUGAGACGAGCGCAACGGAAACGACCGCUGCAAUCACGUCCACAAUACCCACGACUACGACUGACUACGAACCAGUGUUUAAUACACCCAGAGCCAACAGCGGUGCUAAGCAGGGCAAAAGCCUAUCUAUUCAGUUCAUCACAGGCAGCCGCAAUGAAUUGGCAGAUGAGGUGAACGGCGAGUUGGGAUCACCGGCACUGGCGAACAAUAACCAUGGCUACACGGAUCAUGGUAGCUUUGAGGUGAAAUCGAAUAUACCGCAAACCGUGGCAACGAUAGCGCCGCUUUACAGUCAACAGACCAGCCCAAGCACGUUACCUGUGAGUAGUACCACUGUUGGUACUACCAAUGAACCGAUUCCCUCUCCACAUUCGGAGCUCAAACCCCCAAUUAUGCCAGCUGCCCAGUACAACGUGGUGAGAACGCCGAAAACCACGCAACCGCUUGACGACGACGAACAGCUGCAGCGCGCCCAUAGUGAAUCCAUAGUCGGCUCCCAUAACCAGCGACCCAUCUACGAGCGCAACCAGUACAGCAUUAUACAGUUGAAUAACUUAAAGUCGGGCAACAAUUACGCCGGAGACACUUCUGCCACGUCCUCCACCCUAACGACGACGAACGCCAACGAGAUCAAAUCGGUCGAAAGUGAAAAGCAAACGUCUAACACGGGUCCUCCAUCGCGAACGACAAUGUCGUACACAGUUUUCUUCGACCCGCUCACGAUCAACGAUGAGUUAAUGGAAUUGGACAAACCGAAACCGACUGCUUCGCACGCCGCAGCGAUCCAUCAACCGCGCCUGUAUGGAUGGAAUGGGACUCUAUUGAACGUCCCGGAUGCCAUCGCCUCGCCGGGAAAUGGGCAAUCAUCGGCCCGGCUGGUGAUGCGUCAACCGGAAAAUGCUGCUGAUAUGCAGCAGAAGGCAAAUGAAAUGUUCGGUGACCUGAACGACGCCCAGGCGGACAAACUGAUGAACGUCAUGAAGAUGGCUGAUAAGGAUAAGUCGAUGCGCCGAUUGAUACUACUGUUGAUACGUACCUGCGACGAUGAUCCUUCGACGGCCAACGAAGAAUCCCGCAAAGCGCUACUGGAUGCCCUCAUCAACAUUGAUGGCGUGACGAGCCCUCACGGAACAAAUGAGCUGUCUGGCGGAGGUUCCCAGAUCCGAGACCAGGGUCAACGUCGAGGUAAAACAAUCGCUACAAACGCUGCACGAAUACUGUACGAUGGUCCAGUGGUACAGGGCACGCAUAAUUUCACCGCCACAACGGAGAACUACGCUACCGUGGCAGAAUCGAACGAGGAUGCCAGCGGCAGCGAGGCGGUAAGCAAGGAAGACGAUAUUGACAGUGAUGAGUUGCCCAGGGAAAGCGGUUUGCAAACCACUGUGGCCACCACUCGCAUGUAUUCGAGCUCCGAGGCUCGUCAGAACUACCACUCGUCGAAUGGCGGUAAAGAGCUUCGCGGUAGAUGGGCUAAGGAGUACGACGAGACACGAGCGCAAACCACGACACCGCUGCCAACUACCUACUUCCAAACAACCACCAAUACCGGAUCUACCAUCUAUACCACCACUGAACCUACGACCAUUCCUACCACGCCGGUCUUUACAACGAGUGGAUUGGAAUAUGGCAGUUCUACCGUCGCAACAAGUACCGUGUCCACAACGAACCGAGCCGAUGGUGGUCGGUCGCUGGAAUCGUUUGAAGCGGACCCGGAUUUGCAGCCACCGAUCAUCGUUUCCCAGCGCCUGCCGAAGGACCUAUCAAGCUCACUGGAUUAUCCUGGUUCCAGUGGGUCAAGCAAAAAGCACUCAUCUCCUCAUUAUUCCGAUACCCGCGCGUUGGAGCUGUUGAAAUCGCUCUAUUCCUUGGCCGCCCGUUGGGGUUAA